AUGACGUCGUUCAAAAUCGAGCGCCUCACAUCCCCCGCCGACGCCCCAGUAAUCGGCAAGAUCAAAACCGACGCCUUCGAAACUAGCACACUCUCCCGCUACUCGUUUGUAUGGGAAGGCGGCGGCAAAGCCAUUGUCGAGAAAUGGUAUACAGAUCGCGAGGAACAGGAUCUACAAGACCCGAACCAAAUCACCAUCGUUUCCGUUCCUGUCGCCGAGAGCACUGCUCUCGAUAACGGGGAUGACCGUGCCAGCGCCGGAUACCCGGACAAUAGCCACGACAGAAACAGUCAUCAUAACAAUCGCAAUGCUACGGGCAACACUCACGUCCGGACAGUAGCCGCCUGGGCGCGGUUUGCAACUCCGCAUCCUAAGCCGAAGGAUGCUGGUGGCUCACAGGUGGAACCGGAGUAUAAGAAGAAGAAGCAAUAUCUCAUGGACAACCCGCCGCCGGGAGCCCAUCCGGAGUUAUUCACUGAACUUCUACGGCAGAUGGUAGCUGGGCGGAAGAAGUAUUUAGACGAAGAAAAGGAUUACGUGCUUGAACUCAUAGCCACGAGUCCCGCGUUUGAGCGCCAGGGUCACGCUUCUCGGCUGCUGAAGUGGGGUAUCGAGAAGGCGGACGCCGAGAACGCGAGAAUCUUCCUUGAAGCCACGCCGGCGGGGAUGCCACUGUAUGAGCGGUUGGGAUGGCGGACGGUGGACACUAUCCGAAUAAAGCUGGCGGACUAUGGUAUUGACGCUGAAGGGGAUGGGGGUGGGUAUGCACUACUGCAUAUUAUGAUUAGAGAUCCGCAGGGGAAGACAGCAUCGGAUAUGAAGAUUUGA